AGACGCAGAAGAAGAAGAAGACUCUGCUCUUUUGUUGUGUUGUUUUGUGUUAACAAGUUAAAACAUGGUGCACAGGUGCUGUGUUGUUAGCUGCAACAGUCGUUCACAUGAUCGUUUCGGUAAAAAAAACGAUGGGCUGAGAUUUUUCUCAUUUCCAGCGUGGAAGCGAAGCCAGGGACCUCGGAUGUGUGAGCUAACAAAGAGACGUCGAAUGGCUUGGGUAGCAGCCGUGAGACGACCAAACAUCACCUUUAACGCAAUCACCCGACACAUGUUGGUGUGUUCACGGCAUUUUCAGACUGGGAAACCUGUCUAUGAAAUGAAUGAAACCCAUCCAGACUGGGCACCCUCGUUACAUCUCGAACACACGGAGGUGAAAGCUGCAGAUAACGAGAGAUUUCAGAUGUUAAGGAGACGGGAGAGUUCAACGGCAGUUAGCAGUGCCACACCUCCAGAUGUGGAUGAAGAUGCAGCAGCAUUAGUAGCUCCACAGGAGUUAGAGCAACACGGAGCAACACAUGUAACUCCAUCACCUGAUGAGGCUACACAGGUCCUGGAUGUGGAUCAAGCCCCACAACAGAAUGAGCAGCGUGUCACUUGUAGAUGUAUGGAUGGUGAAAUGGAGUCCAUGUGUGUUGAGGUGAACUGCUUGAUCGAGGAGGACGUGACUUUAGAGAAAGAGCUCUCGGCAACGAAGAUGGACGAGGCGUUCUUCAAUGAGGACGACGAGAAGGUGAAGUACUACACUGGACUGCCGUACUGGACUUUACUACAGGCUUUGCACACUGUUAUUAUUCCAUGUCUCACAAAGGCAGGCAGAAAACUGUCUCCUUUCCAAAUGCUCCUCCUGACUCUGAUGAGGCUGAGACUGCAUCUGCCUCAGCACAACCUUGCAUACCUUUUCCAGAUAAAUCACACAACAGUGUCUGAAGUGUUUAGAGAGACAAUUGGUGUGCUGCAUUUCCAUCUGGCACCUUUGGUACACUGGCCUGCUAGACAUUGUCUACAACAGUCAAUGCCACGUCAGUUUGUAGAGACAUUUGGCAGCCGGGUUGCAGUUAUUCUUGACUGCUUUGAGAUUGGCAUUGAGAAGCUCUCAAAUUUAAAAGCACAAUCACAGACCUACUCCCACUACAAGCAGAAACCCACUAUUAAGUACCUGAUAGGCAUCACCCCACGGGGGUCAGUCUCAUUCAUUUCUAAAGGAUGGGGAGGGCGUGUAAGCAACAAGCACCUGACAGAGCAGUGUGGGAUCCUCAAUAAACUGUUACCAGGAGAUCUGGUUUUGGCAAACUGUGGAUUUAACAUUGGGGAUGAAGUUGGACUAAUGUGUGCCGAGGUGAAAACCCCAGGCUUCACAAGAGGACAUGCUCAAAUGGACCCAAAAUCUGUGGAGGAGACGCAGCAGAUAGCUGACCUAAGGGUCCAUGUGGAAAGAGUUAUGGGUUUGGUACGCAACAAGUAUAACAUACUUCAGAGCACCAUACCAGAGAGCCUACUGGUUCGAACUGAGGGUGAAGAAUUUUCCUUCAUUGACAAGAUUGUGACUGUUUGCUGUGCUUUAAGUAAUAUGUCUCCCAGUAUUGUCAUUAAACAACAAGGCCCUGCGAUACCAGCUAGUGAUGGAGAAACUGACUGACUUGGGGGAAAAAAACAGACCGUACACUGUUUCUUAUUCAUUUGUUAUCAAUUUCUGUGUUUUUCUUAAAAUAAAACGAAUGGCUGUUAA